AUCGGACAUCGCUAGAGGAGAAUAGACUAGAGAGGUAAACCAGAAAAAAAAGGAGGAGAACGGGAGAGGGUGCUGACAUCUGAGCUAGGAACCUCAUCUGAAUGUGACAAGCACCUCUGCCUACAGAGAUACAGAAUAGAUUUCUUGAGUGCUUCCAUGGUGAUAUACUCCGCUGGUGCUGAUUGGCCAAAACAUUGAUGAUGCGCUGAUUCUACACCAUGGCCCAGGAGGCUUUGUGGAAAUACCCACAAUCCUCAGCUCCCUGAUUAACAUUGGCACCAUUUCCGGCUCAACAAGAAAACCUGUAUAAGCCAUGAUGUCAGUCUGCGUGCCCUCACCACGUAACCCCUCCCCCUCUGUGGAUGUAGCCAAUCGCAACGGGCCCUCUGCAACUCCGCCCACUUCCCUCAGCCUGCGUUCCUCACACAAUCAACUGCUUAGUGGUGAUGUCAUCAACCAGGGUCAGGGCCAGGCCACGCCCCCGAAGUGCCGGAAGAAGUACGCACUCACAAGCAUUCAGAGUGCGAUGGGACUAGGGGAAGGCGUGACACCACCGUCGUCAUCUUCAGCGACUACUGCCAACCCUAAACUGGCCAAAAAUGGUGCAAAUCAGUUACGUAAAGCCGCAGAGCGACAGGAUCACAACAAGAACACCACCGAAGAAGACGAAGAUGGAAACACAGCUGACGAAUCAGAGCUCAACAUCGACGAUGAGUUGGGAAACGUUGAGGAAUUAAGCCUUGACAGUGAGUCUAACGUCGACGACCUUCACAGUGACUUUGACCCGAACAACGAGCUUGUUGAUGAGGAAGUAACAGAGUUAAUUGAUGAUGACACUAAUGAGGAGGAUCACGUGGAGAACUGUGACGACCUGCUUAUUCUGUCCGAGAAAACGGAGAUUGUUUCAGACAGAAAGUCACCGGAGCAUCUUAAGACCAAGAGUUACCUGGAGUCAUGCCUGGAUGAUCUGUCAUACGAACUGUCUGAUGCGCAGGAUGAGGAUGUCACUAAGCCUUUGCUGGAGGAAGAGAAGAAUCCCAGUCCCUCGUCUCCAAGGAAACCGCACAGUCCCGAGGACACGCCCCUCCUCUCUGUCGGUUCUUCAUCUUCCUCUUCCUCACCGGAGACGAAAAAAGACAGACCACGAACGGGAGCCAAGACAGACCGGGCGCUAAACCGCAUCCAGAACCUUCCACACAGUGACGAGGAGUCCAGCUGGACCACGUUGUCACAGGACAGUGCAUCACUGGGCUCACCGGAGGAAAGCGAUAUCUGGGGAGAGCAGUCAUUCCAGACAGACCCUGAUUUGCCUCCAGGAUGGAAGAUGAUGACAGACAUGGCUGGUAUUUAUUACUGGCACAUUCCAACGGGCACCACACAGUGGGAGAGACCCGCCCCAUGCCAUCCGGUGCCAACUGGACCCAGCCAUGCCAGCCGCAAACACUCCCUGGGCUCCCUGUCACCCUCACCCACUCCAGAUCAUGAGUCGAUGUCUCAUGCCGACAUAUUUUUCGGAGCAUCGAGUCGUUCAGGCAGCACCACUUCCGACAGCUCGUCUGACCCCGCCCCCGUCCCGUCUUCUUCAUGUGUGGACCCUACACCUAUCCUGUCCUCAAACUCUUCCUCAUCCUCUGACGGCAAUGUUCCUUCCUGUGGAUUUGUCAACAGCUGCUACUUUCCUCGGUCCUCAUCCCUACAGAUAAUGCCAGGGAAGGAUAGACAUUCUGAGGCACGUCAUCGGGAAGAGGACAAGAAACAGCCAUGGAGUGAUUUUGCAGUGGGAAAGAUUGAUAGUGAGAUCUGGAAGGAUCUCCAGGCAGCCACAGUAAACCCUGACCCCAGUCUGAAAGAGUUUGAAGGUGCAACUCUCCGCUACGCCUCUCUCAAGCUACGAAACCCUGCUCCCGUGGAAGAGGAAGAUUCCAGCAGCAUUAACAGUGACCCUGAAGCCAAGUGUUUUGCUGUGCGCUCUCUCGGCUGGGUAGAGAUGGCUGAAGAGGACUUGGCUCCGGGUAAAAGCAGCGUCGCUGUUAACAACUGCAUCCGUCAACUGUCGUACUGCAAGAAUGACAUAAGAGACACUGUGGGCAUCUGGGGAGAGGGAAAGGACAUGUACCUCAUUCUGGAGAAUAACAUGCUGAAUCUGGUUGACCCGAUGGAUCGUAGCGUUCUACACUCUCAGCCAAUCGCAAGCAUCCGUGUGUGGGGCGUCGGCCGUGAUAAUGGAAGGGAUUUUGCAUAUGUAGCGCGAGAUAAGGACACCCGGAUAUUAAAAUGUCAUGUGUUCCGCUGUGACACCCCUGCCAAAGCCAUUGCCACCAGUCUGCACGAAAUCUGCUCCAGGAUCAUGGCAGAGCGCAAGAAUGCCAAAGCUAUGGCUGGAGGAUCCCUACAGGACAGAACACACUCUGGGCUCGACGUCCCGCUACAAGCAGAGUUCCCCACACCAAAGACUGAACUGGUGCAGAAAUUCCAGGUGUUAUAUGUUGGCAUGAUGCCGGUUGCCAGACCUAUAGGCAUGGACAUUCUCAACGGUGCAAUAGAUAGUUUGAUGACGUCAUCAAUCCGAGAUGACUGGAUCCCUGUCAUGUUGAAUGUAGCCGAUGCAACAGUCACGGUCAUCAAAGAAAAGGAGGAAGAGGAGGUUCUAGUGGAGUGUCGUGUGCGUUUUCUGUCAUUCAUGGGAGUUGGAAAAGAUGUGCAUUCAUUCGCAUUCAUCAUGGACUCUGGGAACCAGCACUUUGAGUGUCAUGUGUUUUGGUGUGAUCCCAAUGCUGGCAGUGUGUCAGAGGCUGUUCAGGCAGCGUGCAUGUUGAGGUAUCAGAAGUGUCUGGUGGCACGCCCUCCAUCUCAGAAAGCCUGCUCACAGGCACCCCCUGCUGAUUCAGUCACACGCCGCGUCUCCACCAGCGUCAAACGCGGAGUUCUUUCUCUCAUCGACACGCUCAAACAGAAGAGACCAGUCACUGAGCUCCCCCAGUGAUCUGACACCCAAGCACGCAUUCUCACCAUCACGCUCUGCAUGCUUAUAACUAUCAGAAUGUCCUGUACAUAUCUGUCCAGUCACGUUAUGAAGAUGAAGCGGAACUCGAGGACCAUCUGAAAAUCUGAAAGAAAAACUACAAGUAAUUAUCAAAUGAGCUGAUGCCAAGAAAAUAACCCUUUACUCGCACACUCACAAACACACACACACCUAAUCCAAUAUCUACAAGCCUCUCUCUUCCAUCUCCCAUAUGUCGGUCAUGCGUACGGUAUAUCUGCAUGGGAAGCCACAUGUCUCCAGCAUGACUGUAACCAACAGGCUUCGCCCAUCUAUAAGCACCACUCUAACUGGACAAAGCCUGCUCAAGGAGACAAACUGAAGAAAGUUUGUGUAAUUCAAAAAGAACAAAUGCGGCUGCUUCACUCAACAGAGCUUCUUCAUAUUGUCGCAUGACCAUAUGUGUGUGCGGAUGUGUGUAGAGGAGCUUGAUGCUGCUUCAUUUGCUAACGGAUGUUCACAAGUGUCAUAAAAGCUAUUUUUUGUUGCAUUAUCCUGACGAACACAAAAGAAGAAUGGGUGGAUGAGAGGAAUCAUGCACUGUGUUCCAUUCAAAGUUGGAUGUGGGAUAUUCGUCUUUGAUAUCUUCUUACCAAGGUGCUCCAAUGCUCAAAAAUUAUGUGCAAAUCGAAAUUUUGGUCCAUUAUUAAUUGUCAGUAGUGCAUCGAUGUAGGAAGCACAACUCACAAGUUGUUUUCAAACCAAGCAGAUUUCUAUUGGUCAUCACAGUGAAUUCCCAUGAACAACAAUGUGAAAUCUGCAUGGGGAAAUCGUUCGCCAUAAAGUGAAAUGACCAAUCACAUGGAUUCCUUUUGAAACGUGAUGGCACCUUAAAGGGUUAGUUCACCCAAAAAUGAAAAUUCUGUCAUUAAUUACUCACCCUUAUGUUGUCCCAAACCUCUAAGACCUUCUUUCAUCUUUGGAACACAAAUUAAGAUAUUUUUAAUGAAAUCCAAGAGCUUUCUGACCCUGCACAGACAGCAGCACGACUAGCAUCGUGGUACUCUCAUAAACGCGAAGCGGGAAACUGACACGGAAGAGAAGAAAUUGUUGAUUAAAAGUCAUUAUUUUUUAGGGGUAGGAAUCUUUCGGUACUUCACGAUUCGAUUAAAAAUUAUUUUUGGGGUCAUGAUUAAAUUAAAACACAAUUCAUGUUAAUGCCAAUAGCCUUGUGGUUAGUGUGUCAACACACAACACAACUGCGCUCAUGGCGACCCAAGUUCGAUUCCCGUCUUGAGGUCCUUUGCUGAUCCUGCUCCCCUCUUUCCUCCCACUGUUUUCCUGUCAUCUCUCCUACUGUCCUAGCUACAAAAACCCAUUCAUGAGUUUUUUGAUUUUUAAUUACGAUUCUCAAUUUUUUAUACAUUUUUUUUUGUGCGCACUGGACAUCAGAAGCACCAAUAUUUUAAUACAAAACACAUCAGUCUAUAGUACAGGUAGUUCUGACUCAAGAAAUCAGUGCUCCCUAUUAAUUAUUAACUUUUCAAUAAAUCAAAAAUAUUUUACACUUCCCAUUAUGUGUCUGAAUCCGAUUAUACCGCGUUAAGAAAGAAAAUUACAUGUACUACAAAAUACAAGAUGGGAGGGAAAAAUAUAUUUCACUGCUUUCUCUCGCAGUUAUAUAGUUGGGUAAUUAUACCGUAUAGAAACUGCGGGCAUCAAGGAGCCGUUAUUAAUUUUAGGGGCAUUGAAACCGAUUUUAAAUUGCGCGCUUGUGUUUUACUUUCAUUUUCGAGAUUCGUGAUCACACGGAGCGGCAGUAGGCCUUCUUACCACGUUUAACAAGAUUAGAUGUUUGUCAGUGGUGCUCAGGAUCUGGAAAUUAUUCACCAUCGUCCAAUCAGUCAUCUCUCGUUACUCUGUUUAUGUGGUAAGUGAAAUAUGUAUUAUUACAUUAUAUUAAAAUAUAUAUUAUGUAACAGGCUACCACAGUUUUUGCACACAAAAAGUAUUCUUAUUGCCUCUUACCAUUACGGUUAAACCACUGAUGUCACAUGGACUAUUUUAAUGAUGUCCUUACUACCUUUCUGGGCCUUAAACAUGUCCGUUGCAUUGCUGUCUCCGGAAGGCCAGAAAGCUCUUGGAUUUCAUCAAAAAUAUAUUCAUUUGUGUUCCGAAGAUGAACGAAGAUCUUACUUGUUUGUAACAACAUGAGGGUGAAUAAUUAAUACCAGAAUUUUCAUUUUUGGGUGAACUAUCCCUUUAAGGCAACAGAACAACAACGUUACAUUACAUCAGCCUUGCUUCUGUUCAGCAUCAACAAUAAAGUCUUUUAGCAUCCAAACUGGAGAAUAGAUGGCGCAGUGCGCAAUUUGGAAGUUCAAGAGAAGCACUUUUCUAAGAAGGAAGUUGGAAAUCCUAACUGUUUGAGCUGAGUGAAACAUCAAUAAUGUUGAAAUACAUCAAAGCUUUCACAAAAUGAUUUUGCGCUCAAGAAGCUCUGCUGGCAUUUUCAUCUUCACCGGAAGUUGAUGAGGAGGCUUUGAAAAGAUGCCAAUAUGAAACAAACAACAUGAACAAAAGAUGAAUGGGACAUCCCAUAGACUUGCUGUGCAUUAACACAGGUGGAAGGACAUGACCUGUUUAGUUCAGUGUGUAGAUGUAAAGUAUGAAUGUGCUUUUUAUAUUUCCAAAGUGAAAUUGCCUUUUUUUCUUUGAAAGAGAGAGUGCUGUGGAAGAGUGUUGAAUUACAGGAGGCGGCAAGAACUUUGCUUAGAGUCAAACAGUUCAAUCGUGUCAAUUCUGCUUUGAACCCCAGCGUAGUGCUUACUUCCUCGAGAGGCUCUCCAGUGACUGAAAGUCAAAAAAUACCUGACUAAUAAGAACUGCAGCACAUCCAAGUUAGUGAAAAACUCCAAUGUCUGUGAAGAGCUAUUUCAGUUCCUGAUGUUUGGAUGCCAUUAGUGGCUCUACGUGUUCUGGUUGCGCUUCACAAACCUUUUAUUUGACCCGCACGCACCUACGUGGUCUUGCUGUACUCUGGCGUGCCACCUGUAGUCCUAGACUUACCCUUUGUUUCACAAGGGUUCUGACGAGUCACUUACGUGUGUACAUAUAGUAUCUAUAUAUAGCAAACAUCAUAUCAUAAGGCUUUAUUUUUCGAAUUUCAGACUUUUAUUUUGUCUUUUUUUUGGACAUACUUGCCUUGGCAUGUCUUGUGAUCCCGUUUAUUCUGGCCAUACUGUACAAAAAUCAUGUAUGUGUUGUAGAUAAACCAACUGAAAGAACAAAGAAGAGAAGAUGAGUGAAAGAUGGUAGAGAUUGUGAAUAUGAAUUUAUUUUAUGGUCCUUUUUAGGAGAGCUAGCUCUAGAGGAGGAGAUGUGAACUGUAAGUGUCUAUCUAUGCAUUCUUUUAGCUCCGAGGAAGAUUUGAGAGAAAAAAAAAAAAAAAAAACACAUUGCCUUGCAUGUCCUGGGACAAUUUAAGAAGAAAAACUGUACUGAACAGAAAUGAUAUUUUUUAUUUUAUUUAUUCUAUUUUAUAUCGGUAUAUACUGGUUUCAUUGUGAUGUAUCAUAUGCUUAGACAUUCUUUACCCUGUAUUGAACAACAAAUCAAACAAAUGUCAAUUCAAAUCACUGUACAGUUACUCUGGUGACCCUCAAAGAGCUGUGUAUCUCAAGACGCUGACUGCCAUGGUCACAUAACAUUUGAAAGGCCUUGUAGGAGCUUUACAUUCUGCCCAAACCAACAUUAGAUGUAGGUGCAUUACCUGUCAAAAGUUUUUGAACAGUAUGCUUUUUAAAGAAUUCUUUUCUGCUGACUAAACCUGCAUUUAUUUGAUGCAAAAUACAUCAAAAUCAGUAAUUUUGUGAAAUAUUUUUACUAUUUAAAAUAACUGCUUUCCAUUUGAAUAUAUUUUAAAAUGUCAUUUAUUUCUGUGAUCAAAGCUAAAAAUUUCAGCAUCAUUUCUCCAGUCUUCAGUGUCACAUGAUCCUUCAGAAAUCAUUCUAAUAUGCUGUUCAAGAGACAUUUUAUUAUUAUUAUCAAUAUUUAAAACAGUUGAGUACUUUUUUCAGGAUUCUUUGAUGAAUAGAAAGAUCCAAAGAUCAGCAUUUAUCUGAAAUAAAAAGCUUUUGUAACAUUAUGCACUAUACCAUUCAAAAUCUUGGAGUCAGUAUAAGUUUUUCUUUUUUUUUUGGGAAAGAAAUUAAUACUUUUAUUUAGCAAGGAUGCUUUAAAUUGAUCAAAAGUGAUGAUGAAGACAUUUAUGAUGUUACAGUAGAUUUCUAUUUUAAAUAAAUGCUGUUCUUCUGAACUUUCAAUUCAUCAAAGAAACCUGAAAAAAAUGUACUCAGCUGUUUAUAAUAAUAGUAUUAAAUGUUUUUUGAGCAGCAAAUCAGAAUAUUAGAAUGAUUUCUGAAGGAUCAAGUGACUGGAGUAAUGAUACUGAAAAAUUCAGCAUAGAAAUGAUUGGAAUAAAUUACAUUUUAAAAUAUAUUCAAAUAGAAAACAGUUAUUUUAAAUAGUAAAAAUAUUUCAAAAUGUUACUGUAUUUCAAGAUCAUAUAAAUGCAGGCUUGGUGAGCAGAAAAGACUUCUUUAAAAAAAAAAAGUAGUGUUCAAAAACUUUUGACUGGUAGCGUAUAGCUUCGGUCUGCUUUAGAAUACACUUUAUGGCCAAAAGUAUGUUCAACCUGGAUAUUUUGGUUAAUUUUUCAGCUGUAAAUCAGUCAUACAAACAAUCUGCUUUUUGCCCCUUCACUCAAAAUGUGUUUAAGAACAUGAGAUGCAGUGCAGUAAAUUGGUGCCCAAUAGAAGGUCUCAAAACAUGUUUUUAAAAGUUUUAACUUGAAAUUUUUUAAAAACAUGGCACCCAGCACAGGAUUUUAAAAGGUUUAACUUCAUGUGUGAGAUUUUAACUUGAUGCAGUUUAAAAUACGGUGCCCAUCCUAGGGUCUCGAAAUGCGUUUUAAAACUUGUAGCUUUAUUUCGAUUUAUUUUAAAAACAUGAGAUGCUAAAGCACUGAGCACAGCAAAAAAAAUUCAAAGACGUCCAUCUGUAACGCAUGUUUACAACAGCAAAACAAUUAAAAAACUUUGCAGUGAAGCUAAUUUUUAGCAAAAUAGGAUGCAAAUGUCCUAUUAAUGAUUUGUAUGAUUAAUAAUGUAUUACACAUACUUUUGGUCAUUUAGUGUAUGUUCCAAAAUGUCAAUUUAAACAAGAUUGUCGGAAUCAGAUUUUACACAAAGACCAAAAUUAGAGUGCAUUUGUUUGGGCUGUAUGUAGAUGUUUGGCUAGCUCUACUAUAACCAUUACUCCUUUAUCCUGACCGCACAAGGCCUCCGCUUUCAUGCUGAGUGUUAAUCAGAUGUGUAAAAAUGACUUGACACAAAUCAAUCUGCUUGUGUACUGCACCCCUUCGCUCUCCCCCUCUUAUUUCUUUUGCAGUUUUUUAAGAAGUGCAUGUUGGUUUUUAAGUUUUUUCAUGUGAAUUUCACUCUUUUCUUUUGGAUUAUUUUUUUAUUCCCUCUUUUUUUGGGAUGGGGGGGUUCACAGUGAGUAAGAAUCAAUCACUCUUUAUGUUUCAGAAUGAAUUCAGUGGCAACUGGCAAAGUCAGCUGUUAUGUGCAAAACCAGAAAGAGGGAGGAGGCUUAUGGGUAAUGUAGUCCAGUACAAUAAUUCAGCGUAGAAUCAUCAUUCUCUCGUUAGCCAAGAGUAGUGUGUUUGACUGUAGUGUUCUUGCAUGGUGAAUCACUCUGAUUGACGAUUAUCAGAGGAAAUCUCAUCACAAGAAUUAACAAGCUAAGAAUUAACACUACUGGUGAAA